CAUGAAGUCGUGCUCCUGUUAUCUCGGCCUUCAUUUCCCGGCUGGCUGUGGUUUGAACAGGUCUUGCUGCGCUCUGUACAUCUGGCAGAACCCCCUCCUUCGUGGUCAUUUUUAUCUCCGAGCUACAGUACCGAAGAUCAAUGUAUAAAACAGCGCCUUCAGGUUUCUUUUAUUUCCUCUGACAUCCGAGGCCAUCAUAAAACAUUCUACUCGCAAUCAAGCCAAGAUGAAAGACAACAGCACUCCUCUUUAUACUUCACCCCAGCUGGGCCAAAAAGUUACUGACUACGCAGAGCAACACUCGACGCCGUUACCUAAGCACAUUAGUGAUUACCAUGCGGAUAUCUCUGCCAACAGAGAGGAUUCUUACUAUAUGAGCUCUAUUUUUCAGUCUCAAUAUAACACCUUUCUUGCAAAAUCUAUUCGUGCUACAAGGGUUCUAGAAAUCGGUGUCUAUGUUGGCUUCUCUGCCCUCGUCUGGGCUGACGCUGUAGGACCGAGUGGACUUGUGACUGGCUUGGAGUUCGAGCCUGAGUACGCCGAAUUAUCCAAGAAGGCUUUCGCAGCAAACGGAGUCGAUAAUGUUGAGAUACUCGUCGGCCCUGCUUCCGAGUCUUUACCCAAACUCAACCCCACCCAGCCCUAUGAUCUUGUUUUCAUCGAUGCAGAUAAGACUGGCUAUCCCGGAUACUUGAAGCAACUGCUCGAGUUGUCGAAGCCUGGUAACUCGAGCAGAAUCCUUCGGCCAGGCGCUCUCAUCGUCUCAGAUAACGUGCUGCGCCGAGGGUUGGUUGCAGACGACAAAGCGCUGGGUGACGACGAGCUCAAAGGCGAUCAAUUGAAGAACGUUUUAGCUGUGAGACAGUUCAAUGAUUUGGCACUGCAGAGCCCACGACUUGAGACAUUUGUUCUGCCGUUGUGGGAUGGCGUCAAUGUUUCCCGUCUUCUUGAUUAGUGGUAGCACUGUCUCGACUGGAGGACAAUCAGGAUGGUAUACGGUUAUAUAUAUUAGGGUUAAAUAAGUACAAAGGCAAUAAAAAACAUCGUCGUGACACAUCCUAGGCUGGUAUCGUCUCCAUUGAUCUUCACACUUCAUGAUCUCGUAUUUGGAAACCCAUGUCUGGGCAUUGGUAUA